UCAUCCCAUCACCUUGAGAGAAGCAUCCCAUUCGACCUAACUUCUAAGAAACACAGUCAGGCAUUUCUCAAACAACAGUCGAAGCGCAUCAAGACGUACGGCCCAAGAUGACGACAAUUGUGACUCCGGUCCUCGCGCCAUUCCAACCACCACUCGGCCCACAGCCAGCGAGUCCCAUCCUCUACAGCGCCGAGCAAGUCGUGCUGCGCAUGAAAGAGAAAGUAUGGUCACUGAGCGGCGAUGACUUUACUGUACAGACAGUGGAAGGCGCGCAUAUAAUGAAAGUCAAGGGGAAGCUCGUAUCCCUCCACAACAAAAAGAAGUUCGUGGACAUGCAAAACAACGAGAUCUUUACACUCUCCGAGAAGAAGUUGAAGCUCAACAAGACCUUUCACGGCGAGGCACCUGGGGCCCACAACUUUGAAAUCAAAGGACAUUUCUCUCUUGGCUCGAGCAAGAGUACUGUGGAGUUUGUCAACAACACAGACCGCACCACCGUGGAGCUACACGUCAAAGGAGACUGGUUCGACCGUACUGCUAACAUCACUCUUGGUGAUCGUGUCGUUGCGCAGAUCAGCCGGAGCUUCUUCAAUGCGAGAGAGGUGCUGGGCGACAAGCAGACCUACUUCGUGACUGUGGCACCAAAUGUGGAUCUCAGUUUGAUAGCAGCAAUCUGUGUCUGCCUUGAUGAGCGCGAGAAUGAGUCCUAGGGAAGAAUGACGUCGUGGACGAUAGUGGUGAUCAUGGUUUUGAUACAGCCUGGUAAUUCGAUGACCAGUCAAUACCUAUGUAAAUGACACUGCUUAUCCUGC